GACAGAGAGCAUGUGCCCCGUCCUCCUGCUCCUCCUCCUGCUGCUCCUCCUGCUCCUCCGAUGGCUCUGGGGGGUCGAGGGACCAUGGGGGAGGCAAACUGGGACCUUGACCCGUUGCGAGCAUUCUCCAGCGAGCAGGCAAAGUGGACGAGGAGGUCCGCGUCUUCAAGGUGGGCGAGGAGCGGAGAGGAGGAGGAGGAGGAGGAGCUCCAUAUCGGCUCGUCGAUGAUUUGCUGGCAGAUCUUCUUAAUCUGAGCGAUGCUCUCUCUGUUGAGACGACCCUCAAACAUCUUGCAGAAAUUGUCUGCCAUGAUGAAGAAGUCGUAGUGAGAGACGUUGAGAGCUCGAGGGAUGUAGGGGUAGAGGAAAUCUUGCUUGUGAAAUGUUGACCUGACCACUUCAAAGCAGAUCGCAAGGAACGGACAGUGCAGCUCGUCCUGGUUGAUCGACUCGUUCAAGUUGCUCACAAACUUGUCGUGCGAGAGUCUC